AUGCAGGAACACCGCAAAGAAGUCUGUGAUCUGAAAGAGCAAAAGACCGUACUCGAAACGAAAAAUGUUGGCUUGCAGAAGGAACUGGAGACCUUGAAGGCGACAAUGAAAGAAAAGCCAUGUACACGCAAAGCAAACGAUGGCCAUGCAACGCUUCACAAUCCCAACAAAUGUCGCACGUGCGGCAAAACGUAUCGUCAGGCCUCUUCGCUGCGCUCCCAUCUCUUGAGCCACACCGGUGUCAAGCCCUUCACCUGCGACAUAUGCGGAAAGGGUUUAACACAGAAGUCCGGCUACAAGAAGCACAUGCUGACGCAGACGGGCGAAAAGCCGCACACCUGCGACAGCUGUGGACGCAGCUUCCGCUACUCCAGCAAUUUGAUUGCCCACAAACGUUCGCAUUCCCGCAAAGUUUGUGCCGUUGAUCAACAAAAGGAGCAGCUCGAAUAA